AUGCAGAAUCUCGGGUCUCCAAUCCACCAACCUGAAGUCGACCAGCCGGCCUCUAAGCGCACCAAACGGCCGCGUGCGACUCAAGCUUGCGACAGAUGCAGGCUAAAGAAGUAUAAGUGCAACGAGCAAUAUCCAUGUUUGCAUUGUAAAAAAAGCGACCUGGCUUGCGUAUAUCAGGGCAACUACCGAGAACGUGAAAGCGGCCGGUCUGCAGAUUAUAUCAUCGAACUUGAGAAGAAGGUGGAAGAGCUGACCUCGAAGCUGCGUGAUGCGGAGGCCAGAGCUUCUCUUAGCGGUCCCAUCCUACUAGCAGCGGAAACGCCAUGCUCUAUGCGGGAUGCUUCCACGCCACGAGAGGUUGCAAAAAUACCAGAAACCCCCGAAAGAUCCACAGAAAGUGCAGGUGACGAGAUCAGCGAGGUCAAUCACACCAAUAACAUUGAAUCCCAUGGUGGUAUGUGCACAGCUGCAGUCAUUGACCAUCUAAAGAAAGCGCACGAGCCAAAAGGCCAAGAAGAAGCUUGUUCUCGUGCAGCUGAUUCCUCGAUUGUCUCAGCCCUCCAUAGCCCAAGCUUCCCCCCUUCAUGCGCCGCUGGACCGGGGCAGACGUCAAUUGAACAGCAAAACUACUAUUUCGCCCAGGCUCAUGUUUUUAUGAGUGGAUAUUUUGGAAGCAUUCAUUCCGUCCAUCCGUUCGUUGAUAAGGAUGACUUUCUCGCGCGCGCUAACGAUCUCUGGUUCAAUCGAUCACGCACGCCUGAGCCGAGUUUUAUCGCGCUUUACCUCAGUGUUCUCUCGCUUGGGUCUUUGGUGCGCGUAUGGGAUGAAGAUACCAUAGCCGGCUUGGAUCGGUUUGAAUGGAGCCGAAAACUGUUUGGGGAGGCGCAGGUGUACCUGAACCACUUGCGGUUUUCUAACGACCUUGAAACUGUUCAGUGUCUUUAUAUGAUGGCCAAAGUUUGUCAAAAUGAACUCAAGCCGAAUCUGGCCUACAUGUAUCUUGGCCUCGCAGUACGGACAUGUCUUUCUGCUGGCUUUAAUCGAGAUAUUCCAUGCCCAGGAGACACCAAGCAGCGUUCUGGCUGGAUCUCAAAGACUUGGUGGGGUCUGUUCUCUUUGGAAAUUGAGAUGAGCUUUUCAUUUGGACGGCCGGACACCCUUGGAAUGGAUGAAUAUCACAACCGCAGCAUUCCACCACGCGACAAUUCUGAAUUUGCCAUUAUCCCAUGGAUGAUUGAUCUUGCGCAGAUUAUUCGACAAGUAUCUGUCCAAAUCUACCAUUCUCGCAUCUCAUUACAGGACAAGUUACAACUUGCUCUGCAGAUCGAAAUGGAAAUGGAUCGCUGGCUAGCGAGGCUUCCAGAAAUGAUCAAACCCGAUAUUGGCGGAUAUGGAAUGUCUCGUAGUGCCCUGCGCGACCCGAAUUGGGCACGAAGACAACGGCUUAUGUUGGGAAUUAGGUACUAUAAUGUUAGAAUGUUGCUUUUCCGGCCUUUCUUAAGCCUCUUUGCUCGCAAACUCCGACAUGCUCCAAACGAAUUAGAUCAAACUUUUAACAAGUGUUUGGACUCCGCUAUGAAGACUCUCCAAGUGCUUCAUGACGUUUACCGAAUCCAUACAUUUUUCCGCUGCUGGUGGUAUAACACAACCUAUGUAAUGCUCGCUAUAUCGACACUCCUCCUUCCAAUGUCGAAGCUCGGCAUGUGCGCUGAAACCAUGCCUUUAUUACGAUCCGUGGAAAUGGGCGUGGAGAUCUUAGAAGCCAUGGAUGAGGCUGUAACAGCCCGAAAGUCGGCUGAGAUUAUCAGGCAGUACCUCAGGGACUUCCGAGAAUCUGGAGCCUCAGAGCCAUCUGUGGAGGAUGAAGUUCACCAAUCUGAGGGACAAGGAUUUGAAGUACCAAAAUGGGCUUACGCUUUUGGCCUGCCAGGAUAUUCUUUCGAUGGAAUUGCUCGCCUUUUUGACGGAGGGCUCCCCAUGCUGGAUGAAUGA